GAAAAUUUUUGGUUUUCAAGUGUGACACGACGCCUUUCUUCUCCGUGUUUUGACUUUAAGUGAUACCUGGGACCUCUUCUGCAUUGGCAGAACGAUAAAGACAAAGCCUUUGCAUAGGAGCUCCCAGAUUUUGUCAGUUGGCGUCCAGAAUCAUGCACAAGUCAGAAAGGCAUGAAAGCAGGGAAGAGCAGCUGGAGGAACUGUCGUGUUACCUGAACAGUAGCAGGGGGAAGCUGAGCGGUGUGCUGAAGCGGUUUGGAUGGACGAACGACAAAAUAUCAUACACUGACAUGGUCGUGUGUCCACUGGAUUCUGCACACUGCGUCCCGCCCUCCAGGCUAACAGAACAUGUGAAGGACUGCAGGCUGGCUAAGGCUGGAUAUGAUGCUGAGGAGAGGGAGAAGAUGAAGGAGAGCUGCCAUUUCUACUACACCAACUCUCAGUCAGUUGUACCAGUCACAGUAGACAGAGACAUUCAGGAGAAGGUUAUCUCUCAGUGUGCUUCUUCAACUUCAACUUGGGCUGGUACAUUGGCUGAUGGGGAACAGGGAAGACUUACGAACAGCCAGAUGAGAAGUUUCACCCAGGCUGUGUCAUCAGCUCCAGCUGAAGAGAGGAGGCUUCCCUUGAAGGAUGAAGAGCUGACCACUGCACAGAGACUAGCCAUGCACAAUUAUGUGGUGCAGCAGGCCAGAGAUACCAGCAACAGACCUGCCUUCUCCACAGAAGACAGCACCCUGACUGCUGACUUGGCAGAGACCGUACAAAAACAAGAGGGAGAGGGCAAAGGUCCGAAGAGUCACUUGGAGAUCCUGGCUGAACUGAGGGACUACAAACGACGGAGACAGUCUUACAGAGCCAAGAAUGUUCACAUCACCAAGAGAUCAGCAACAGAGGUGAUGAGGCAGGUGAUCGAGACUCAGAUGGAAAUGUUGGAACAGAUGAACAGGGGGAGUAAUGACAAUGAAAAGAACAGCUCUGAUACUGACAACAGAUCCGGUGAAAGAACCCACUCCCCUGCUGUCAGAAUGGACUCUCCCAGACAGCGUGACAGCCCCAGACAGCACCACCGCCACCGCAGCUCGCACGAGGACCACCACAGACACAGGGAACAGCGCCACUCCAAACACAAGAAGUCCCGCGAGAGGAGCCACAGCCCCAGUCCCAAUCGGAGGAAGAAACACAGACAUUAGAGCAGAUCUGUGCAGUAUGUAUGGGGUAGGAGGAACUUCUGUACAGGAGGUUUUUCAGCCAUGGCUGUUUUUUUGUCAUGUUUUAGGUGUUUUGUUAGGCUUUCUACUUUGUCUUGUUCUCUUUAUAUCUGCCAACUUGAGCCUCAAGUUGAGACCAAAACAAAUUGAAGUGUGCCCUCUUUAAGUGUCUUCAUGCAAGACUGUUACAAUGAUAGAUUAAGGUGAGACCUGUAAAUAAACUAGCUUUGGGAUGUUUGACUACAAACUGUACUACUACUACUACUAGUAGUUAGUGCAGUAGUAGUGUCUUCAUUCAAGACCUCUGCGAUAAUAGAUUAAGGUAAGACCUGUAAUUGUAUAUAUAAGAUACAUAUACAUUUGUACUAGCUUUGGGAUGGUGUACUACAAAUAAAAGUUAGAGUUAAAAUCAUUCUCACACUAGAUGGUGCAUAGGGUAGCACCAAGCUCUGUUUCAGUAUCCCUUGGGCUGGGCCACAUGUUUGUUCAAUCACUACAUCAUGAGACUAGCCCACUGGUAUUGGUGUGUUUAACUUCUAUACUCUUUCCCAAAUACAAAUGUACUUGUACUGAGUGUUAAGAAGAGAAAGCAUGUACCAUUUAUAAAGUCUUUGCGAUGACUCGGUCAGGGAUCGAACUCACAACCUACCGAAUGCAAGGCGAACUACAAACUGCAGUAAUAGUGCUUUCAUGCAACAAACACCCUCAUGGUGUAGUUUUUACCACAAUCAGUACAAUAUGCCAUUUUGCCAAUCAUUCUUUCUUUAGUGGAUAUCUAAUAACAUUCAUGUAGAAUUAGAAUAGCUUAGCUGUUCUAAGGUUAUUGUGCAGGCCCAGAUAUCAUUGACUUUUAGAUCAUACACACAUAGCAAAAUAAGGUUUUGAACAGCAACACAAGAGAAUACGCCCCUAAAAGCCUACAUUUUUUUAAAUUCUUAAUGUGGGUUACACUUGGCUCUGCCCUUACAUUUUUCAGAUAAAUGUGUUUCUCGUUUUGAGUCAGUUAGUCCUCACUCUUACUGAGUUAACUCUUGAGAUGUUUGUGACCUAAGGAGAAGAGAUACUUCCCAGUCCUACUCAUGCAACCCUUGGCCUGUGGGUCUUGUUACGUGUUGACUAUUGAGUAAGUAGUUCAGUGGCUGGUAGUCUGUGACCUUGUACUGAACAAACUCUUUAGAAGGUAUAAUUGGUACUUCUAUGUUAGUGUGUCAGCAACUGAUUAUGUUCUCAAUCUAUAUUUGUUUCAAUAAGCUACCAAAUGAAAGGACUAUUGAUAUAAAGAAUUUUCAGUUUAUUAGCUUUACAAGUUAUGACGACAAGAUUGUCAUAUAUGUAUCACCACCAUUUGAAUGUAGAACACUUUUGAAUUACCAUUAACUGAAAUUUUAGUAUAGUAAAUACAAAAAAGGUACAAAUGAGUCUAUGCUAAAUGUAUGCAAAACAAAGUUGUCAAUUGUCAUCAUGCUUACAGUGACUUUUAAGUAAUUUUUAUAGACUGAGAUUAAGCGUUGUCUUUUUGACAAUCAUCAUUUAGCAAUUUUUUACACUUGCAUAAAGUUUCAUAAUAUCAUUGAUAUCUGAUUUUCCUUCUGAUUCUGUUAGAUGGAUAUACAGGUGCAGGUAUGUUUUCUACCAAAACAACAACAACAAUAACAACAUAGAUGCAAAUACAUGUACAUUACUUAUUUCAAUCCAUUUCAAAACAAUUAAGAUCAUCAAUACAUUCCAAUUAGAAAACACUUGAGAACACACAUACUUCAUUACUACAGUAGGUACAUGUACAUAUUUAAUUUCAGGCUGGCUGGCAGUGUGAAGUUAUGAUUGUAAUUGUGUAUUUAUCUCUAUUAGUAUAUUAUAUGCAUGAUUGUUUCAUUGUGGUUCAAGUGUUACAUUGCACAUAAAACAGUCAACACAUCAUCACCAAAUUACAAACUGUAUAUAUAUAUAUAAAAUGUACAUAUAAAGAAUGCCUGAAGGAAACAUUCUGAAGUUCUUAGCUACAA